AUGAACGGCGACGAUGCAAUGUUUGUGUGCGAGGAAGUGAUGAUCGCCGGUGUGGCCGACGGCGUCGGUGGGUGGGCGAGGGAAGGUAUCGAUCCGGGUGAGUAUGCGAGAGAGCUCAUGGCUAGAGCUGAAGAAGCAGUGAGACGACGAGUGUAUGAGAAAGAAAUGAAGGGUUCUGGUGUUGGUGGGAAGCAGCAGCAGCAGCAGCAGCAGCAGCUGCAGCUGGAACCCUUUGAUGUGUUAUCUGAAGCUUAUCAUGGUAUUACAGUUCCUGGAGCAUCCACUGCAUGCAUUGUUGCACUCCAUGAUAUUCCUCACCAGAAACUAACUGCAGUGAAUGUUGGAGACUCUGGUUUCGUGGUUGUGAGAAAUGGCUUCACAAUUUUCAAGUCUUCAAUUCAACAACACAGGUUCAAUACAACAUACAGUCUGGGCCAAAAUAACCAACGCCAAGAUGAUUUCAAAAGAGCACAGUCGAUAGAGGUUGCUGUGGAGGCAGAUGAUAUAGUAGUGCUUGGAACUGAUGGACUAUUUGACAAUGUCUUCAGUCAAGAAAUUGAAGAUCUUAUAAGAAACAAGAUAAAUCUCAUUACUAAACCUGAAAAACUGGCCACUAAAAUUGCAAAGAUGGCUGAGGAAUUCUCCAAAAGAAAAUUGAAAGUAACACCUUACAGUAUGGCAAAAUCAGAAGCUGUGAAAACAUACAAAGGUGGCAAGCGAGAUGAUAUUACUGUUGUGGUACUGCACAUUGUUGCCUCUGAUAAAUGA